AGGAAGAGAGAGAGGCAGCGCUCAGAGUUUCCUCAGCUGUUUUGCGGAGGCCGCAGCAGGCAUGGCGUCGGAGCCGAGCUCCCAGUCCAGGGUGGUGUUCCAAACCCCAGACAAGGAGGAGGAGGAGCCCCCCCACCGCAAGCUGGGAAAGCUGACGGUCAAGUACAACCGCAAGGAUCUGCAGAGGCGGCUGGACAUCGAGGAGUGGAUCGACGGACAGCUGCACCUGCUCUACGACUGUGAGGAGGAGGAGAUUCCAGAGCUGGAAAUUGACAUAGAUGAGCUACUGGAACUGCCAGACGCACAGCAGAGAUCAAAGUUGCAUGAGCUUCUGCAAGAAUGUGGCAAACCAAAAGAGGACUUCAUCAACGGCCUGCUAUACCGGAUGAAGGGGCUACGCAAAAUGUCCCUAAAGAAAUGAGAGCUGAGACAUGAGAGGCACUGCUUGAAACAAUGUGAAGACCGUAAGCCCUGCCUCCAUGACCCCUGACCCCUUUAUUGGAACAUCUGGAUAUCUGUCUGUACAAUAUACAUGUUAACAGAACUAAUGAGUGGAUGUCGCAAGUGGGUUUCUGUGGAUAAAAGUCUGGAUUGGACUGCUUUCUGAACAGUAUUUAUGGACAGUUUUGACACAUUGGAUCCCCAGUGUAGAAAUAACAAACCGUGCCCUUUUUUUGUGAAUUAAAAGGUAAUAAAAAUGUUGUUUUCAUCUUUUAA